ACCAGUGAAAGUCAAGCGGUUUGCGCAACCAGAUCGACUGCGUUGUCUCCUGCGGCUUUUUAGGCGCCUUCAAUUUUAAAAAGCCGACGCGUGGGCUUAUUGGUUUAUCAUUCAGUGCCUCUGCAGAUCGGAAUAGAUUGGAAAUUUCCUACAUUUUUAGUCAUUCACAACAGUGUCUGUGUUGGUCUCAUUUCAAUCGUAAAUGAAUUUUCUCUCUUUGUCUAGCGAUAAAAGUAAGGUCAUCUAAAUAACGGAAUUACACGAUACUCUUCAGAUAGUAAAAUGCAACUACAUGCCCCAACUAAUCAUUUUAAAUGGUUUUAAACUGACUUGUUUGAUGGCAGGGAGAAAAUCAGAGCAGUGAUAAAAUUCUCGUUAUCUUUUCAAAGAUGUUUUUAGAUUCUAAUGAGGCCAUUUUUGAGAGAAUAAUUUUUUUUAUUUUUUUUCAUUCACAAGUAAAACGUUUUUGUUAUGAUUAGAAGGUUGUUUCUAGUUUUAAAUGAGGAUUUAGAGUGGAGUUUAAAAAUGGCAAGAAAAUUUCUCUUGGGAUGUUCACAAGAGAUAGUGGAAUGCAAGUGCAUACCCGAACUAAUCAUUUUAGACGGCAUAAAAAGCAAGUAGUAACUCUUUAGCGCGUUUUAUGACUUCCUCGAAGUUUAUUAAAAAAAAUUAUCUUGACACAUCUUUUCGUCAUUUUAUGGUUGUUUGGCGUAUUAUGACUCAAGCUCGAAGAUGAGUGAAAAUUGUAUAGAGAAAGAAUAUAAUAUUUCCCAUGACACGCGAUGCUUUUAACUCUCUUGAGUCGUCGCCUCGAGGCUUUUGGAAUAAAUUUUUGCCAGUGCGGGAGAUGAGUCCCAAGACGAAAACGAUCCUGACGAAACCCCAUCGGCAUAUUAUCCAUGUAGAGGAAUGUAAGUACAUCCCUUGGUUGGUGUAUACGCACUAAGAAUGAAUAAUGGGCAAUGAAACUCGACGAGGAAUUCGAGGCGGGUUGAGUCUUGGUGCUCUUACGGGUGUGCCUGUUGUAUGGAUAUAAAAGAAACAACGUUUAUAUACACCUUGCUUUUCGUACAUAUCUUCUUUUUUAAGCAUAAACAACCCAUAUGACGUCGUACAUCUUCGUUUAAACAUUUUUCCUUUUGUUUCAAGUCAAGUAUUUUUUUCCAAUUACUCUUCGUCGAAAUACCUGAUUUAUUCGCAUCGUUGCUCAUGUUAUGCUGAUUGUUGGUUCAACAUAAUACAACUAUGUCCACACCCAUUAACACGUAAUCCUUCGUAGAAAUGAGCAUGAGCUAGUUCUUGAGUAUUCAACUCACUUUUCAGCUCGAGAGUGAAAUAUUAAAUAGAGGCUGGCUUUUUUUUUUCUUCUACAUCAAGUAUUUAUGUUUACAUCAAUUUGUCUGAGGAGGAAUUUUUCGCAGUUAUAAAACCAUUGGAAUAAUUAUUGAAAGGGAAGAGUAAUAAUUUUUUAAUUUUAUUGAUGAUUAAAAUAUAUCUAGAGGUGGAGCUCAAGUCGUUUUUCGCGUUAAGGUAAUUGCACUUGCAUGCUAACGAAGCAAUGUCUAAUUACUACAUGUCGGAAAGGCUAUUGGUAAUAUUACAGAGAAGACGAUACGUACAAUAUUACGAAAAAAAAAUAAGUAAAAGAUUUUAUGAAUGCAUAUGUGUAAGAGAGAUAUGGGAGGUAAGAGAAUGGGAAAUUAAAGAUUCUGUAGUUAUAGUAGCCAUAUAUAUAUAAAUACGAGACAGGAAAUGACUAAGGCCGUAGAUUUAAACUCAUCUGCAAGAUCGAGCGUCAUUGAUUUAUUCAUUUAGAAAUUUAAAAAUGGAUUCAGGAAAUUGUGAUACUAUAAGAAUGAUUGUGAUCACACAAUUAAAUCUCGAGUAGAAGCCAUGACGUAGCUACAACCGGUUCUAUUCGGGAUUGAGGAGACUUGGAUGAAAAAAUGAAGAUGAUUGGGUUAACAUACGUCCUGCUCAUUAUUUUGGGAUUCAAAGGAGCUUGGACACAAAGUAACUAUGCAUCCCAAGGAAAUAGCAUCGAAUAUCAACCAGGACUGCCUCCGAGCACAGUUCUCGAUGGCAAAGUUACAAAGUUGGACGAGCUGUCUCCUAUAAUAUUUCUCAAUCGUACGAAAGCCUACUUAAAUUGUAGCCAAGGCAGCAUGCAGGUGGAACUUAAGUUCGAUGAGCCGUUCUACGGUGUUGCCUACGCAGAUUUCGAUCGCAACAGCGCUUGUAUGGUGAGGGGACGUGGGUUGAAUCACGCAGAAUUGGAACUGCCUUUAAAAGGAUGCGGUACGAAGCAAGACCCACAGCGUGUAUUCACAAACAACAUCGUUGUCCGCUUCCAUCCUGGUCUUGAGAUGGACGGGGACGAGGUCAUUACGAUAAUCUGCCGAUAUCCCCCUCCUAUCACUCCCAAACCAUCACUCGCUGAGGGAGUAUUACCACCCAUCCCAGUGGAAGUAGCAGAGGCCCCAUUAAAAGGCUUUCAGAUUUUACUAACAAUCUGUGCACUUUUAUUUCUCUCACUUCUGUUACUUGGACUUGGAUGCUCUUAUCUAUGUCUAAAACGGCGCAAUAUUCGUGUAGUUCAUCGACAUCCUUUUGGAAGCGCAACAGGAUCGGAAAUUACAAAACUGUCAAGCUCUUCACUUGGACAUAUUUCAAUGUUUGAAGGUCUCAAGAUCCCUCGUGCACACACACUUUUACAUACUGCUGCCUCAUCUUCAGGUAGCGAAGCGAACCUUGUAAUUGAUCAUUCGGAUACUCUUCCAAGCGAUUACCCAAGCGAGAGCCACUCAGAAGUCGGUAUGGAUACGACCCACGCCUACGGCUUUGAUGAAAUCAUUCAUUCGACUCGUUCAACAACAUCUUUGACACCUGGACUAUCUCAAAUUGAUGAGGUGAGGUCUCUUCCUGUUUCGUCAGUCGACUCUUAUGACAACAAGGCAUUUAUUCACACCCAAGACAUUCACACUGCCAGUUCACUGUACUCUGAAACUACCGCUGAUGUAGAAACGUCAGCUAUAACAAGUAUGGCUGCUUCAAGAAUCUCGGUGCCACGACAUCCAGUAGCUGUACCUAUUGAACCCAAGUUUGAUGUCCAAAUGAGAGUUAAAAGAGCACCACCUCCUCCAAGUCCACUUCCUUCAGAGUCUGAUGCUAGCAUUGCUUUGGAAAGGAAUCUCACAACUAUUCUUGAACGAGAAGAGACCAUUAGAUCUGCUGAAAGCCCCACACCACGUCUUACGACCUUCUCAUAUGUACCAGAGCUUCAUAGUCCUCCGAGCAGUAUGAUUUCCCGACAACAGACACCACCAGUCUACUCGAGAAUUCUUAGAAAACAAGCAGAGAGGGAGAGUCUUGAAAUAACGUCAACGCCUCAAGCAUCACCCGCUGCAACUCUUCAUCGCCCGCGAUCACUUACUACCCUUGAGGAAUUUACUGAAACCAGAACAAUGACCGAAGUGACUGAUGCUUCACAUGCCAAGUACAGAGUUGCAAGUAUUUUAGCUCCAACGCCACCUCCACCACCACCUAUUGUCCCAACUCAUACGUCAAUUCAACAACGUGAACAUAUUCGAGAACAAGUUGAACCUCUUGUUGAGCCGAUAGUCGCUUCAAGACGACCAGAAAUUACAACACAUGAGGUAGAUGAUGUUUUCCUCAGGACUGUUACCGAGAAGAAAACGAUUGAAGAUGUAGAGCGUCAUCAACGUGAAAUAACCGAGUAUUAUGCAAAACCUAAACCAGAUCCCAAGUGGGAUGUUACCAUCAGAAAUUAUCCAGUAGAGGAAGCACCACCUUCUCCACCACAGUGGGAAAAUUUCUCAGAUGUUAGUUCAGCAUCAAAUUUAACUCUUGUCAAUGAACAUUUACCCAUCAGGCCUAUAGAUGAGGUUGAUUCAACUAUUGAACCAACUUACAGUCGUGCUGAAAUGCCAUCAAGAUCUCCUCAUGGUUUGGACACCGAGAGCAUUGGUGACAAAUGGGAGACACUCUCUCGAGUUCUUGAGCCAAGAUAUUCUGGAGAACUGACUGAUGAUGAGCGAGAAAAGUGGAGAGAAGUAAUUACUACUGAGAGCACUUUGAGGACACUUUUGUCUGAAGCAGUUGUUAAAGAGGAUUACGAAUUGAUCAGAAAAGACGCUAGAUAUCAAACACUCUUCCCUCCAGCCAAGUGGGAUGUUAUUAUUCGUAUUCUCAGUCCACCACCAGCAUCAUCAGUAGCUUCUAGUAAAAGUGGACAAAGAUAUAAGAGAAGUAAAGGUUCUGAAUGGGAUAGCAGAUCAAGAAGAUCAUCUCUACCAACGUUGUAUGAAUAUGACAGUGAUGGAGGCACUUCUAUCAGAACUCAAGAUGUUCCAGGAGCUCCUUCUGAAGAUAGAGGUAGACGAUUAAGUACCAUGACCAGAGGAGGAAGUGAAGUUGAUCUCAGAUCAGAGACAGAGACGAUAAGAGAUUUUAAAAUGCAAAGAGAUGAUGUCAGUGUAAGCUCUUAUGAAGCAGAUUCCUUAGUUAGAUCUCUUAGCCAACCAAGUUUAGCAAGAUCAGGUUCUGAAUUUACUGAACAUUGGGGACUACCUGCUAGAAACCUUCGAGCGUGGGCUCCUGAACCUGAAGACAUUACAAGCUCAACUGAAACAACUCCAGUCGCUGUCAGAAGAGGAGAUAGAGUAGAAGUGAUGGCAUCAUUCGAUUCUGGUGGUCAUCAAGGCCCCAGUGGUGUUACCAGUACCUUUACAAGGUCUACAAGAUAUUCCGAAAGAGAAACUGUCAGAGUCACUGAAGGAACAAGACCUUCUAGUUGGUUCCAUGAUGAUUCAGAGCCUGAAAUGCAGAUAUAAAUGCACUUGUCAACGAACGAAACAUUACGACAAUUCUUGAAUCUUGUCAAGAAGAUUAACAGAAUUGAUGGAGCACCGAACUUGCCGAUUAAGAUAAAUGUUAAAUAACCGAAGCAUUUACACUGCCACGUUUCGGACUGACUUUUUUUUUCGAACCAACAUUUCACUGUCGGAUUUAAAGACUUGAUUCUUCAUGAGUCAAUGUAGCAGUCAUUUUAUAAAUGUUUUCAAAGUAAAACAAUAAAACUUUAGUGUACUGCCUUAAUUUUUUGCUGUGUACGAAUUGAAGUCGUUUACUUUGAUCCAUCAAAAUGGACAGUUUCUAUUUUUUGUAUCACUGUACAAUCUUUUCAGGAUCAUUCAAGCUGGACUUUCCACUUACCACUCGUAUCCAAUCUCAAGCCGUCCAUUUUUUUUUAACCCAUCUCAAGAGAUUACUUGUAAAACGAGUGGGACUGUAGAGUUUGGCCUUGAGUUCUCGGUAAUUAAAAAUUAAACACCGAGAGCAAUCAUUUCGUCAUUUAGUCAAUUAACAUUUGGCUUUCUAAUCGUGACAUAAUAUCAUCUAACAUCAUCAAAAAUAUUAUCAAUUUAUUAUCAAAUGGAACCGUUUCAAGAAUGCAAACAAAAGAGAGGUAAUUCGAAGUAAUUUGCAAACAUCCGCGUACUAGUGAUAAUAGAUAUGUAGGUCAGACAACUAAAAAGAUACGGUGCUGGGUCUACGCUUCGCUCUAGAAUAUAAACACCUCUGAUAGAGAAUAAGAAAUGUACUUAUUUUUUAUAAAUAUAUAAAUCAAUUUUUGUAUGAAUAAAAAUGAAUGAAAUUUAUUUCCUCCAACAAGCAAUGGAGAAUCACGUACAUUAGCGAAAGCGACGUUCUACUAUCGUCUGUACAGUAAAAAGUUAAAAUUGAAAUAAGAUUAAAAAAAAUAAAACGUUGACUUAAUGAAAUGAAAAAAUUUAAUUAGCAAUGUCUUUUCUUGAAAAAUAAAAUAUUAAAAGUGAAAUUAGUGAAACAAUUAUGAUUUGGUCUUAUAAAAGUCUGUCUUACUUGCCAUAAUUUUAUUUUAAAUUUUCAUUUGUGAUUCUCACGAGCUUCUUUCGAUUAACCUUGUAAAGAAAAAAAUGAGUAUCUAGAAUGAGGUGCUAAACUGUACAUAAAAUAAAAAAUUAAAUGAGAUGACGAAGAGUGAGUGGAGAACGAGAGAGUAAAGUAACAGAAGAAAAGUCAAAAGUACUUUACUAAAUAAAAUACGUAUAUAUAUAAAUAUAUAUAUAUAUAUAUAGUAACAUGAUAAGAUGUAUGUUAUUUUUAACUCAAAGAAUAAAUAUAAAAAUAGAAAAAAAAUAACAUAAAGAAUAUUGAAAGCAACUGAACACCAGCGAAGACCUGUAUAUUCACUGUACUUGACUUUUUAUUAUGAAAUAAAUGUAACAAUGCUUCUACUAUA